AUGGUGCUUCUAAAUGUGUCUCCAAUGAAGGGUGUCAUCCGAUUUGGAAAGAGAGGUAAACUAACUCUGAGAUAUAUUGGACCAUAUGAAGUAUUGCAAAGGGUCAAGAAUGUAUCUUAUAAGUUUGCUUUGCCACCAGAAAUUGAGAGAAUCCAUCCGGUGUUCCAUGUUUCUAUUUUGAGGAAGUUUGUGUUAGAUCUGAACAAGGUUAUAAGUGAACCAGACAUGGAAAUUUCGAAAGAUCUUUUUCAUGUUGAACAACCUAUUCGGAUCAUGGAUACUCAGAUAAGGAAGCUCAGGAAUAAGGAGAUACCUAUGGUCAAAGUCCUUCGGAAUCGCUAUAACAUGGAAAAGUGCACUUAG